GUCUGACUUGACGUCCCCCUCUUCUGUUUAUCCUUGCGUUGGGGUGAAGCCGCAUAAAAGGGUUUCCAUAAUGCGGGCGUGAUAAGCGCUCUAUGUAGUAAAACGGAGGCGAUUCAGGAGGAGGACAGCGGAGGGUUACGGGCUUUACAUCGAGCCUGUCAGUUAGGCACCGGGGGAAUAAAAUGUCGAACCGUAAGCACCGGGACAACCAGGAGAUCUGCGCCCGCAAGGUCCGGGAGCUGGCCCAGUCUGGAGUAAACAAACACUGCUUCGAGUGCAACCAGCCCGGGGUGACAUACACCGACAUCACGGUGGGCAGCUUCGUCUGCACGUCGUGCUCCGGAAUGCUGAGAGGCCUCAACCCUCCCCAUAGAGUCAAGUCUAUCUCCAUGACAACCUUCUCCCAACAGGAAGUGGAAUUCCUCCAAAACCAUGGCAACGAGGUUGGGAGGAGAACUUGGCUGUGCGUGUUUGACCCAAAGACAGACGGCUGCUCCGACAUGAAGGACUCUCAGAAGUUCAAAGAGUUCCUGCAGGACAAAUUCGAGAAGAAAAAGUGGCAUUUUUCCAAAAGUAAGAACCGGAGGGAUGUCGAGGGUCCUUGGAGCCCGGGGGUCCAGGCAGUGCCCCCUUCCCUCGGUCCCUUAGCGAGCCAGGUUCCCUCCCAUAACCUGCCCCCUAACGCCAGGUCCACACGGCCAAUGUCUCAGUCCCAGCUGCCGUCAUGGGAUCGAGCUCCUGCGAUCUCGCCCGCUGACAUGCGGACGGACGUGUUCACCGCUCGGCCAUCGCGCUCCCAAAGCUUCAGAGACCCCUCUCUGAAAGAUCCCUCCCUGUGCGGGAUAGAGAGACAGCGGCCAGGCUCUCUGUCGUCGGCGCUGGGAGCUCAGAGCCACGUCCCCUCCUUCCCCGCCCUCCCGCGGCCCUCAGCCAGUAGCUCUUUCAAAAACCACUUCACUUUAGGUCGCACAGUAUCGGCCUCGGGGACCUCGGGGCCCUUCAGGGCCUUCCCCAAGUCUCUCAGUGUGGACUUUGGAGGUUUGAACCAUGCUCAGCAGCAGCAGCAGCAGCAGCCUCUGCCCCAUCUGUCCCAGCAGCAGCCUGGAAGUGCCAGCCAGACGACACAGCCUGUCGGCAGCUCCAACGCCCAGGACAGAUACGCUGCCGUGUCACAUCUGGACAGUGUCUUCUGUGACACAUCAACGGUCACAGCUCCACCUGGUGGCCCUCCGCAGUACAACGCCAUCUUCGGCAGCAGGCUCUCGUCCAGCUCUACUCCUGCCAGUUCCCCCGGUGUCGAUACAGUCUCCAGCUCCCAAACUUUUGCAAAUUUCCCCAACCCAUUCAGCUCCAGCUCCAGUUCCAUCUCCGGCACCGCUUCCCAGCAGCCCAUUGCCCUCUCCCCCAGUAACCCCUUCAGCAACGCAUCAGGAGGUGACUCCAGCGCGUUUGUCACCUCGCCCACCUCCGUUUUCCCUACGUCUGCCUCCUUCCCAGCACCCAACACCCAGAGUGCAUUUCAUCAUGAAUCAGCCAGCAACCAGGAAGCCAAUGGUUUUGCCUCCUUCCCUGCGCCCGACUCUCAGCCCAAAGUCCCUCGGCCCAUGUCGGUGAACCCGUUUACGGGGAAUGUUUACCCCAGUCGAGGGACGUCGCGGAACCCUUUCAUCUGAUCCCCUUACUUCACCCAACCCGUUCAUCUCUGGGAACCGAGGGAGAAGUGAACUUGAGGAGUCGCUGCCAUUUCAAUGCCUCUGGAGUAUUCUCACCCUCUGAGGGAGGGUUUGACGUCCUCCCUCUCCUCUCUCUAUCUCCCCCUCUCUGUCUGUGUUUACGUGUUUGUGGAGGGGGAAAAAAAUGUGUGAAUGUAGUGAUGAAAUUUGUGGAUGUAUGAGAUCGAUCGCCUGCUGUGUUUGUACCACGUGACAUUAUGUCAAAAGGUGUUUGUGUGCCAGUGGAUGCCACCUCAGGGCUCUGUGGGAGUCACGAGUAAAUGACGCCUCUAUGAUUUUUGCAGAAACACACACACACGUAUAUGAGACACACACAUAAACACACAUGUCGCUGCUGCUGCUAUUUUGCUUUCAUCUCCUGCUUAAAAGUGCAAAAAAAACAAAAAAAAAACAGGCCGCUGAUAAAUUCAUCAGCGUGGUCUCCUAGUUUAAAAAACAUUGAAGUCUCUCAGUUUUCCAAAGGAAGAGCCAGUUGAGACUCCGCAUCAGAAGUUUCUUUCUACAGAUGGUUAUAACAGCCUUAACAGCCUCCUGAUGCAUGUGAAUUAGCGUUGAAAGAUAAGACGGGCUGUUCUCUGUGAUGGGUUUGCAUUCGUCACUGUUUUUUUCUUCUUUUUUUCUCAGGUCAUCCUUUGAAGGAUAAUCUAUGUUUUCCACUUCCUAGGCUGCAUGCGCUUUGAGGGCUAAAAGGAGAUUCUACUGAAUGUAAAAGCAAUUUCAGAAUAACUUAAAUGUGUAUAAAAACUUAAUCGCUUUCAUUUUUCUGGACCAAAAUGUUUCUCGCUUGAUUUUUUUUUCAUUUGACACGAAGGUGAAGUUCAUUUCCCUCAUUUUGCCAAAAAGAAAAGAGAGAUUCAUGUGUCUUUGUAAUGACAAGUAUUCAUGUUCAUAAAAUCAGUUUGUUGCUUCUUAA